AUGCCUUUCCUAAGCUUAAUAACCCAAGCCACCGAGCCUAUCAGCCGGGACGACAACACAUCCAACAAGAGCGGAAAGCACGGGAGCAAACGCGAUCGCGAUCGCAGCGAUAGCCUGAGCGACAGCGACGCUCAAUCGCCGAGGAAGAUGCCGCAUUCCCACAGCUUGUGGGCCAGACGCAGUAAAGGCAGCUUUAAUAAUACACAAUACUCAAGGGAGAGCGAUAGUGACGCCCCUGCUUCGCUAGAAAGUCACUUCCGCGAGCCAGUCGAUGCCAUAAGACGUCUAAGCAUUCGGCUGCCUCAGACGCCUGCUCUAUAG